AUGGCUUACAAAACACCCAUUGGAACAACACCAAACAGACUAAUCUAUGGGAAGGCAUGCCACUUACCCGUCGAAUUGGAGUACAGAGCAUAUUGGGCCAUAAAACAGUUAAAUUUUGACCACCACUUGAUAGGCCCCAAGAGGAAGCUCCAACUUAAUGAGCUAGAUGAAUGGCGAACGAUGGCAUAUGAAAACUCAUUUGACUAUAAGGAGAGAGUGAAGGAAAGCCAUGACCGACACAUCAAACAGGCUAAGUGCUUCCAAGAGGGAGAUCAAGUACUACUCUUCAACUCUCGACUAAGGCUGUUUCCCAGCAAAUUGAAAUCACGGUGGCAUAGACCAUAUUCAGUCACACAUGUGUUCCCUCACGGCGCCGUCGAGAUAUCUCAUCCACAAAAUGGAAAGUUCAAGGUCAAUGGUCAACGAUUGAAACAUUACUUUCCGGGUAACAACACUUUGCCAAAGAAUGGAGGUAUGAGGGUGAAGAAAGUGGCCUACAAGAAGGCUAGGUGGGACCCUUCUCGAAGUCCUAGCACACCAGGGGCAGUUUGUUCGCCUUUAGGGCCAUCUUCGCCGGACCAUACAUCACACGAAUGA